AUGGGACUCUCUUCAUGUCUAAUUCUAUUUCCUCUGUUUUUCUUCUGCUGUCCAAUUCUUUCAUCAUCGUCUUCUUCUUUGCGGACAUCAAAGGUUAAUAAUUCCAAUUUGUUUCCCAGUUCCGGCGUCAACUCCGGCAGGCCUUCUUCCGGCAGAUUACCCGAUGCUGCAGUGUCGUCCUCAUUGGUCGAAAAGCAAUUCAGACUCCCAGUCCAUGGUAAUCCUUCGAUUGAGAAUUUGGGUCAUUACGCAGGCUAUUAUCAACUUCCUCACUCUAAAGAUGCAAGGAUGUUUUACUACUUCUUUGAGUCGAGAAAGAAUAAGAGUAGGGACCCAGUUGUGAUAUGGUUGUCCGGAGGACCCGGAUACAGCAGUUCAAUUGCUCUGUUUUAUGAAAACGGGCCUUUCCGGAUAGCAAACAACAAUUAUCUUGUCUGGAAUGACUAUGGUUGGGACCAGGUCUCAAACAUGAUCUAUGUGGACCAGCCCACCGGCACCGGUUUCAGCUACAGUUCCGAUAAAUCUGAUAUUCGUGUCGAUCAAGAAGGUGUUAGCAAUGACUUAUAUGACUUCUUGCAGGCAUUCUUCGCUGAACAUCCUCAAUAUUUGAGGAACGAUUUCUACAUAACCGGAGAAUCAUAUGCCGGCCACUAUAUCCCUGUCUUAGCCUCUCGGAUUCAAAGUGGAAACAUAAACGGAGAUGGAGCUCUCAUUAACCUUAAGGGUUUAGCUAUUGGAAAUGGAUUUACAGACCCUGUAGUUCAAUACAAGUCAAUCCCAGAUUAUGCUUUAAGAGCGAAGCUGAUCACACAAUCUCAAGCCAGUGAAGUCGCCAGAUUCAUACCAGCCUGCGAGAAUGACGCAGCUAAAUGCAAUGCAAAUAUAGGAACAGGAGGAGGAGGAGAAGAAGGUAGAAAUAGUUGUAUUGAUGCACAUACUUCCUGUAGUCACAUACAUGGUGUUCUAUUGAGAUAUAUUGGUUCUAUGAAUUAUUUCGACACUCGAAAGGAAUGUGUGGGUAAACUUUGCUAUGAUUUCUCGUAUAUGGAAAACCUAUUAAACGAGGAAUCGGUUAAAAGUGCCCUUGGAGUUGGAAAUAUUAAGUUUGUAUCUUUGAGCCCUGAUGUUAAUUUUGCGAUGAUUAAGGAUAGGAUGAGGAAUCAUGCAGUGAGAAUUCCUCCACUUCUUGAAAAAGGAAUUAAGGUCUUGUUAUAUGUAGGAGAACAUGAUAUUGUUUGUAAUUGGAUUGGGAUCUCUAGGUGGGUUCGAGCGAUGAAAUGGUCGGGUCAGAACAAAUUCAAUGCUACUUCCAAAGUUCCAUAUGAAGUCAAUGGUGUUGUGAAGGGAAGACUUAAAAGAUAUGGACCUCUUUCAUUCCUCAAGUUUUAUAAAGCGGGUCAUAUGGUUCCUAUGGAUCAACCCAAAGCGGCAUUAAAGAUGCUGAAAAGAUGGACACAAGGGACUUCGGUUUCGUUUGAAAGAAAUCAGAAAACUUUUAACAAUUAUAGUAGGCCAUUAAAGAUUAUUCAGAAUGCCAUUAUCAUGCCGAUGUCGGAGAUUAGAUCCGAAAAACCAAUGGAUUCAUUUGGAAAUCUUAUUGCGCUUUUUUAA